CGACUCGUCGCCAUUGCCGCACGGAGUGGGAACGGUGCUGGACCGCUGAAGCUCGGCCUUUACAAACCCAAACCGCUUCAGGAGCGCGGGGUGGGGGUCAAGUCAAAGCGCUGGGCCCUCUCCACUCCUCUCCAGCGGCUUGUUCCAAGCCGAUUACGUCCCCCACCCCCUCCACUCUCUCUCUCCCCGAUCCUCGCUCCGCUCGUCUUUACUUUCGCCAUCUUUAGAUUUGGUCACAAUGCAGAGGUCGCCAUGAUGAAGAUUAAAGUUAGGCCCCGUUACGCGAUGCCCUGUGGAAAAACGGUUGGCACAACCAGCCACGUCGUUCCCGUUGAGCUGCUGGAAGCUGACGCUGGAAGAUCCAGACAUGGAAAAGAAGUCUGCACGUUCCGCUUCGGCAGGACCCAGCAAGGUGCCACCCUCGGACAGUAAAAGUAAACAAGAUGGUAAAGGUGGAACUGGAUCAAGAUGCUACAACAGGAAACGAGACCCGGCUUUUCCUAAAAACGAAAAUGUAUCUAACCAGACCCGCCGCACCAAUCCACAGAAAAGCAAAGCUUUUGACAAGAGACCCCCUGCACGUGGCAGCAACAAAUCCUUUAGCACUUCUGGUAAUGGUGGUAGACGGGAAGAGGUAGCAGAGGUGAGGAGGGCAGAGUUCAGUCCUGCCCAGUUUACUGGUCCUAAGAAGAUAAGCCUAAACCAUUUGUUAAAUUUUACAUUUGAACCUCGUGGCCAGUCAGGUUCACAUUAUGAUGGUAAUUGCCAUGGAGGCUGGGGAAGGAGAAACAAAUGGGGUCAUAAACAUAAGCCAUUCAACAAAGAGCAGUUCUUGCAGGCCAACUGUCAGUUUGUGGUCUCUGAAGAUCAGGACUACAGUGUUCACUUUGCUGACCCAGAUAUAUUGGUGAAAUGGGACUUUGUGCAGCAGGUGCGCAUCUGUAGUCAUGAAGUUCCUUCGUGUCCAAUCUGUUUGUAUCCUCCCUCUGCUGCAAAGAUAACACGCUGUGGACACAUCUACUGUUGGGCUUGUAUUCUUCACUAUCUCUCCUUAAGUGAGAAAACCUGGGGUAAAUGCCCUAUUUGUUAUGAGGCUGUACAUAAAAAAGACCUCAAAAGUGUUGUUGCCAUGGAGACACAUCAAUACAGUGUGGAAGAUACAAUAACCAUGCAGUUGAUGCGUAGAGAGAAGGGUGCCCUGAUGGCUUUACCCAAAUCCAUGUGGAUGAAAGUUGAACCAAUUUACUUGGGAGUAGGUGAAGAAUACAGCCGUUAUUCAAAGCUGCUUCUGGCGACAACACAGCAGGUUUUGCAGCACGUGAUAGACAAAGAGCGAGCAGCCUUGUUGAGACAGUAUGAAGAGGAGAAAGAUACACCAGAAGCCUGCUUUAUUGAAGCAGCAAUGCAGGAGCUCAAGUUUCGAGAGCAAGAGUUGCUGGGCUGUCCUACUCCAGGGAAGGACGUUCCUGGAGCAGUGUCUAAACUUGAGGAAUUGACCAUUGCUAAUUCAACAGCACCUGCAGAGAAUACCACAAUAUGUGGCAAGAACCAACAUGUAUUGGCUUAUUCAUCUGCAUUUGAUGAAAUUAUUGAUGAAUCUCAAGAGAAGACCUUUGCUCCAGCAUGCACUGAAGUGGAUGAGCCAACUGCUGUUCCUGAAUCAAUCAGCAGUGACAAAACAGAAGGAGCUCAUGGGACUAAUUGUGGUGAACCUGAAAAUGGGCCUUCAAUUGAAGCUGCUAGACCAAGCUCAGAAACAACCUACUAUUAUUAUUACCAAGCUGAGGAUGGGCAAUAUAUGUUUUUGAGCCCAGUUAAUGUGCGAUGUCUGGUGAGGGAGUAUGGUAGUCUGGAAAAGUGUCCUGAGAAGAUCACUGCAACAGUGGUGGAGAUUGUUGGACAUUCAAUGACUGAGGAAGUACGCCGUAGACACCGCUAUUUGUGUCAUCUACCUCUUACCUGCGAGUUUGGUAUUUGUGAGCUGGCUCUGAAGCCACCUGUGGUUUCUAAGGAAACUUUGGAAGCUUUUUCAGAGGAUCUGAACAGAAGGAGAUGCCUUCGCUUAAAAAAAGCUCGAGAUGAACGUCGAAGAGAGCGUCAGAUUGAAAUGGAAGAAAAUAAAAAGCAAGGCAAAUAUCCAGAAGUUCAUAUUGCCUUGGAAAAUUUCCAGCAAUUUCCAGCAUGUGGAUCAUCUUUAGAAAUUCUACCAAGCAUUGUAUCCCCAAACAGUUCUGAUGGUGACCCUCUACCCUCAAGUUGUCUUUCAGUCAGUGCCACCCUUAGCAGCAGCCCCAAUGUUUUGGCAGAAUCAGCAUUGAAUCAAUCCGUCCUUGCUUUUAGUCCAGGAAACCCUCCUCCGUGUGUUGGCAGCUUGGAAGACGAUGCAUGCUUUCCUUCAUUUGCUCAGAUGUUGAGGGAUGGGAAGGCUAAAGCAGAAGUGUGGCCCAAAGUAACUCCAAGAAAAGCAGAAACCAGUUUGAUGCCCCCACCUGCAGCAGAUAGUGAUGGAGAGAGUGACAUUUCGGACCGUGUACCUGUACCAAGCUUUCAAAAUUCCUUUAGUCAGGCUAUGGAGGCAGCAUUCCUCAAGCUUGAUAAAGUUCCAGGCCCAGAGUUCUGUGCAGAGGAGAGGAAUCGGAAAAAGAAGAAAAAAAAGCAGAUGUUGCUCUUCAGUACUUCAGUAGUUCACACAAAGUAAUGUAGGCAAUCAUUGCCCAUUUCACCCAUUUCUGAAUCCCAGGCAGCCAGUGCCUGUAUUUGCAUUCACUGCUGUCUGUGCAAAAAUAAUUUUGUUUGCUGCUAUAGUUUGAAUUUUUGGUUGUAUUUCAAACCUGGAAGAUUACAUCAUUGGCAAUUGUUUGAGUGGCUUGUCAUUGAAAGUUUGCCUCCUGUUUUAUGUAUACAGGUUUCACAGCUUUGAGGUUAAACAUCAUAACCAAUUUAUAUAGCUUGUGACAUGGGACUUUUUUAAACAAGGGAAAUUCCAAUAAAAGCUGGAGCUUAACUUCUGUUAGGUGGACAGUGGGGGCUAAUUUUUUUGCUGUUAUCACCCUCUACCCCAAUUAUUUUGUAAAUAAUUGGCACUUUAUUUUCUUUCAGCUAAUAUUUGUCAUUGUUAGUCAGGUGGUGUUUUGGCCCAUCUUAUCCCUUCCACCAACAUCACUAAAGAUUUGCAAAAUAUUCUGCACCUCAAAAUCAAAUAAAUCAGUGAUAAACAUUGGGCCUGUAAGUAUCACUCCUAACAAGGUUAUGCUACUGAUGGCACAAUAUAAAUUAAAAUUAGCUGGAGUUUCCCUUUUUUGAAAAUUUUAAUUUGAAAAGUAUCUUUUUUAAAAAAGUGACUGUCAAGUAUCUAAUGAAGUGUUGAGUUCAGCUUUGUUACUUCUACCCUUCACCUUUUUUUUCAUGCAACAGCAGAGUAAUAGAUGCAAUAAAAGACUCUUGUGCAGUGUGUUCAUUUUCUGCCUUCUCCCAUAAAGGGUCAGUGCUGACUGCAUGAAGCUCUGGAAAACCAUAGCCAAUCACUGAGAAUGACCAGUUUUUCUCAUAAUUGGAAUCUUUAGAUCUCAUUUAGUUUGAGGGAAUAGUUAGUCAACCCUGGCACAUCUGACCAGGAAAACCACUGUUCUGCCCUAGAAAAAUAAGUUACACAAGGCUUCUUUUACUGGCUUUCCCUUUUCUUCAACUUAAUGCCAUAGUUGCUCAGCUGUUAUUACACACCUAUUGGAGCAGGUGCAACUUGAGCUUGGCCUUCUGGCUCAUCUAGCCACUGCACUAAUAGCCAUCUAAACCAAUGAAAUUAAACACGUAGGUACUGGUGCAGAUCAGUUUGAUUAUUUCUAAUUAUAUUGCAACGAUGACUAAUUAUUGAAAGAUGUUUCCCUUUUAAGCACCACUAUUUCUUGACCUUUGUCCAUGACUAACCUUUUAAUGCUGUACUGCAAUUGGUGCAAGCACAAAGGUUUUAAAGGAUCUCAAACAUUCCCAAAUUCAAGUUAGUCCAAGGCGAUGAGUACACCCAGCUCCAAUUGUGAACAUUGUUACUUCUGUACAUAUUAUAUUUCACAUUCCUAUGUCCUGCAGCAUAUAGGUUUGUAAUUUGAUAACCACAUGAUAAGCUUAAAAUGAAAGUAUGAACAACUGCAUUGAAAAAUGCUUUUUACUUUGAUUUUAUGGGCAGUAUUAAUUGAAGAAAUGGGUUAAUAGGUUAAUAUCUUAAAGAAAAGAAACUGUUUAAUUUUGUAGGCUUACUCUGAAAUCCUCAAGUAAGGCAGAUUGUUAACCUAAAUUGGGUUGAGCUUGCAGAUAGUUUAAUAGAACAAGUACUUGAUAGAGUUUUACUAGCUGAGCCAAAUUUGUAGCCUUGAUUAUACAUCAGCUACAACAAGCAAUCAUAUUUCUUCAAAUUCAUUUGUGGGUUAAAAAGUUACACAGGCAAUAUCAGUAGUAAUCACCCAUCUCUAAUUAGCUAAUAGUCAGUGGUUUAUUAGCCAUUUUAAAAAUCAACUUUUGGCUAUGGGGAACCCUCUUGUGGCCAGUAUAGAUAAGGAUGACAUUUCUUUUCCUGAUGGAUAUAAUGAACCAGGUGGGUUUUUAAUAAUCAUUUAGUUUCAUGAUAAUUACUGAUAGCAAAUUUAGUUCAAUUAAAUAAAGCUGAACUACACUUAACUAUUGUUUUAAGCCCACAGUAACAUGAUUUAAACUGCCCCAGAGAUGACCCAGCAAGGUAUUCAAUUGCUGAGAAGGUAGCUUACCAUAUAAGUGCCAGCUUUUCAUCUUUAAGACUAUGCCUACAAGACUAAGCAUCCAAUAGCAAAUAUCAUUCUGGACUAGUUUUUAAAUCACUUCAGUCCAUGCCAAUAAAAGUUCUUUUCCACUACAAGGCUGCCCUAGUGAAAAGAAGUGAGGUGUUUAACAGUGAAGAAUGGGCUGAGGUGUUGUGAGCUCUAAAUCUGAAUUAAAGAUUAUUCCAUUUUCAACACCAUGACUGUUCAGAUGGAACAAAUACCACAAUGCA